ACGUACGUUUUUCUUCCUAUAAUAAUAAUUAAUGUUAUAAGUCACAGGUUAGUUCAGUAUUUUUGUAUUUUACCCAUUAAAUGAUAAACAUAUAGAUUAUACAUAUAUGUAAUAAAUAAACGUAAUGUAUAAUAUUAACUAUGCAGAUUGUGACUUUUCAAAGACACGCCCCCUUUCAAACGUCACACGCGAAACAUGGCAGCUUACUUGAGCCGGUUACACCACAUCUCGCUCCACGUUUCUAACGCGGACAAACUGGCAAAAACCCUCGUGGACAAAUUCAGGUUCAAUUUGUUCGCCACGCGGCUGAGCGGCCGGUCGAGGCAGCUGGCUUUCAGGAAAGGGGCCGCCGUCUUCGUCGUGAACGAGAGGCCGAACCAGGGCGGAGUGGAGCCGCAGGACAUCACAGGCGAGUGGGCGCAGGAUCCACGGAGGGUGCGCGUGAGGAGCAGCCAGUGUAACGCGACGAGGUGCCUUUACGAUGUCAGUCCACACAAUGCAGUGGACACAGUGAGUAACGUGUGCUUCGAGGUGGAGGAUGUGGAAAGGUCAUUCAGGGCACUGAGCCACCUGGGCUGCAGGUUCCUGGUGCCCCCCACCACGGUUGAGGACGAGGGCGGUCCGGUCACCUACUCAGUGCUGAAGUCUAUCGUGGGAAACGUGUGCCACACGCUCAUCGAUAAGACCAAGUACGAGGGCGAGUUCCUGCCUGGGUUUGACGUCCGUGUCCCGGACGGCGGCUCGGGAGAUGAGGACCCGUCGUGUCCCAUCACACACUUUGAUCACAUCACUUACGCCUGUCCCAGGAAAGCGACCCACCGGGCCAUGAGCUGGUACCAGGAGCUCUUUGGUUUCCGGCGGUUUCUCAUCGACAGCAGUGACGACGUGGACGAAGGUUUCGUCAUAAACCAGGAGGGCAUCGGCCUGCGUCUCACCGCCAUGGAGUACUGGAAGUGCAGCGAGGCAGGCGUUCUUCUUCCCUCCGCGGACGAGAGAGAACCCGACUGCAAGUUCGUCAUUGCAGAGUCACUGCCCAAACAAGGCAGAAAUCAGGUGGACACCUUCUUGGAGCAGCACCGGUCGCCAGGAAUCCAGCACAUCGGGCUGUACACGAAAAACAUCGUUUCUACCGCACACGCCAUGGCUGAAGCUGGGGUGCAGUUUUUCUCCCCUCCGCCUGCUUAUUACACGGAGGUGGGAAAACAGCAGGAAAUGGAGGAGGCAGGACACAACCCCCAGAUGCUGGCGCAGCACGGCAUUCUGCUGGACACGGACCUGCACCGGGGGCCUCUCUCGCCGGCAGCGUCGGGCGAGCGCAGACGAUACCUCCUGCAGGUGUUCACCAAGCCCAUCUUUGCAGAGGACACGUUCUUCCUGGAGCUGAUCGAGAGGAAAGGGGCCACGGGCUUUGGCGAGGGGAACAUCAAGGCGCUGUGGAGGUCGGUGCAGGCGUACAUGGAGAAUGAGACGGGGGACUCUAAAGAAGGAGCCCCGGGAAUGCUGCAAACUGCCCAGUAGGAGUAACUGCCCUGAAUUUAAAUAUAAAAAGGUACAAUCAUUAUGAAUAGAGGAAAACUCUGUUCUUUUAAAGGGAGUUUAGUGGCUACAUCCAUCCAUCAUCUGAACAGGGUGCUGCAGUCCAUCCUUCAACAUUCACACUCACACCUACAGGCAAUUUAAACUCCACUUACAUGUGCAGCUGCUAACAAAUUAUUGGUUAUACACUGUAUUAAUAUUUAACUUUGAACAUAAUGUACUGUAGGGAUGGAAUGUACAAAACUGCCCUGUGACCAAAGUGGUGUGGAAACAGGUGUCGCAGCCUAUAUGUGAAGUGUAAAAUAAAAAAAACACAGUGAAACA